CAAUUUUCCAUCCAUUAUUGUAAUAGUAAUAGUGUACAAAGAAAACAUAAAGCAGUAACUUGUGUAACUUACUUGAAUUUCAUUAGUGACAUCACAGGGCCAAAUAUUUCAUCUUGUACUAUAAGCAUGUCCUCCUGAAAAUGGUUGGUUAAGAAUAGAAGGGAAAUAUUUGACAACAUGAUGGUCAGUUAUCUUGUUUUCCUUAAGAAGGUUGAUUCAAAUAUUUGACAAUAUGAUGGUUGUUCUCACUGAUCAACUGAACUUUUUGCUGUGCUCUUCAUUCGGAGACCAAAAAUAAGAGGAAAUCAAAGUCAUAAAGAGAUACAUAAUAAUUAUGGCAAGAAGAUUGUCCUUCUGUAAGAAUCUACUUCCAAUCUUGUUGCUUAUUGAUAUAGAGUGCAAUGAUAUGGGGUUACUCACUUUGUUCAAAGCAGCUACCAAUAAAGGCAUGAACAACCAUGUGUUUGUUUCAUAUGCUUAUGCUAUUGCUACUAUUGUUCUUAUUCCUGCACCUUUCAUCUCCAAAAGAUCAAGAGUGGUUCUUCCACUCGGUUUCUCCAUGCUUUCCAAAAUUGUCCUUAUUGGGAUCAUAGAGUAAUGAAGGCACUCUAGCUUUAUUACUUUAAAGUAUGAUCAAAGUAAUUGUUAUGCCCUUUUGGUAUUAGAAUAUUGGAUUUGGAUCUUUAAUUUUAAACUGCUGGUUGCACUUUAGAAAGUAAAAUGCAUAGUAUUUAAAGUCAUUGAUUUUUCAUCAUAGAUUAGAUUUAUUAAAUUACAAAUAUAUAUGUAUAACCUUUUUGUGAAAUUUGAAACUACGUAGAUGUGAAGGCAACAUUGUUUUAGUUACCAGUUUCUUACCAUAUAGUUUCCUUAAUGAUUAAAAUCAUAGUUUUGAUACAGUAUAGUUAUAAAGCAAUCAUUUGUUUUCAGGAAGCUAUUUUGGAUCACUUUUGAGACAUUUAAAUUGAAACUAAAUUUGAUUUUACAGACAUUAGAUACAUUCAGUAGUGUUAGUGUUAUCGCAAAGUGCCCUAUUAAGAAAAAUCAAAAUUGAAUAUAUGAAAAAAAAUCAAAUUAAAAGAAAGAGCAACAUGUGUGAGAAUGUUGUGUGCUGAAUUUAUUGUUAAUUUGCAGCCGAACUCUAUCAAAUCUAUUCUGAAUAUUUCCUUCUUGUAGCUGUUGAUUCAUCAGAGAGAAUGAGGAAGGAAAGUAAAAAAGCAUACCAAUUUUUGACGUGGUGCCUUCGAAAGAAGCUCGAAUUAUACCAGAGUGUACAAGCUGAGAUAGAUACAGUUGCUUGGUCUAAGUAGAUAUUAAAUAGAGCAUAGUUAUGUUGUUCAUGAAUUAUUUUUAUCAUGUUUUAGCCUAUAAUGUGGAUCAUAAAAUUUGAUGUAUUUAAGAAUUUUCAAUAUAUUAAAUUCUAUAUUUCUAUGUAGACAUUGUGAAUAUUUUGGUAUUUAUUUGAAAAAUUAAUCUA